AUGGAAGAAGUUUAUGAACCAUCUAAAAAUUUAUCUAUAGAUGAAUCUAUGAUUUUAUGGCGUGGGCGUUUGGUAUUUCGCCAAUACAUUAAAAACAAACGACACAAAUAUGGCGUAAAAUCAUAUAUGUUGACUGAACCCUGGGGUUUUAUACAUAGGGUUAUGGUUUAUUCUGGACAAGGUCAUGAUAUAUCUAAUACUAUGAGUCAUACAGAGUAUGAGGUUUUUAUACUUAUGAAUGGAUUAUUUUAUGAAGGCCGAUCACUAUUUAUGGACAACUAUUAUAAUAGUGUCCAUCUAUCAGAACUGUUGUUAGAAAAAAAAACAUUUGUCACAGGAACUCUACGAUCAAACCGCAAAAACAACCCUAAAGAUGUUAUUGAUAAAAAAUUGAAAAAAGGAGAGUCUAUAUAUCGGUAUACAAAAGAGGGUAUUUAUGUCUUAAAAUGGAAAGACAAGAGAGAUGUUCUGAUGAUAAGUUCUGAAUUUUCUCACUCAAUGUGUGAAGUUAGUUCUAGGACAGAAGUAAAACAGAAACCUAUAAUCGUAAAAAAAUAUAACGAAAAUAUGUCAGGAAUAGAUCGCCAGGAUCAAAUGGCAUCAUACUACCCCUGUGAAAGGAAAUCCUUGAGAAACGUAAAAAAAAUAUCACUGUACGACUACAGGAUCUCAGUUAUUGAAAGUUUAUUACCUAAAAAAGACAAUAAAACACAGAAAAAUUCUGAGGUGAAAAAAACUGAAGCACAUUUACCCAAAAAAGUUGAAAAAAACAGAUAUUAUAAAAAACGCUGUAAGGAAAAGUGUGCUCAAGUGCCCCCUAUGGCCUAUACUACUUAUAUGUAUACGGCAGUGGAUAAGGAGAUGCUUGACUGUGAGAGGUUCUCCGCAGGUUAG